AUGACUAGACACUGGUCUAUUUCACCUUUCACGUCCUUGUAUCGAUCUAUUGAACAAGGGUCGCCAGAUAUAGCGCUUUUGAAUGAAUUGAAAGAGGAUCUAAGCAAUUUGACACUCAUACCCAAGAAGAAUACAACCAGCAGACAAACGCUCGAAAAGGGAACUAUCUCAUUAGGUGGCGAUGAAUAUGAAGUUAAUGAAGAAUUCAAGAUUGCUUCCGCUACUAUAGCUGAUGAGCUUAACAUUGAUGAACUUAUUGCUGCUGAAUUUAUUCACACUUCUUCAGAUCUAGGAGCAGAAUUGGUGGAUAAUGCUAAGGCUUCGUUUUAUCUAAGAAAACAACACAUCUUAUCAAUUGUUUCAUAUAUCUUUAAUACUGGCUCAAAGGACUUGACUGAUUUGGUAUUCACAAAUCAAUUCAUUGAUACAUUACUCAAGUCUUUUAAAGAAGUGGAGGAGGAACUUGAAAGCAUAAGUCAAUCAGUUCAAAGAGCAAAAAUUUUGGGCCAAUAUGAUUCAAAUGACUUACAACAGAGAGUUACCUUCAGAAGAAAUUUCCUUAACAAAGAACACGAAACACUAGGUGAAAUCUUUUAUGGCUUGACCUCUCAAGGAUUAGUUACCAAGGCUGAUUUCCUUAAAUUUUACAACUUUGUUUCAACUUUUGAUAUUGAUGACUUGUUCAUUAUCCAUGUGAUGCCUGGGCUUUUGUUAUUUUGUUCCAAACUUGAAACUUUAAAGGAAGAUGAUGUCAAGCAAUUACAUAGUGAGCUUUUGAAAGAGUUAAAAAAUAAGGAUGAAAUCUACAAAGUUCCUGCCAAAUUAUUGACUAUUUUUGUGUUUUUGACAUAUUUCAUUGAUUGGUGUAAACAAAUCCCAAGAAGAGUUGAAGAGUUUGAUUUUGAUAUUGCCAUUGAAGCACCAAUGACCUCAGCAGUACAGAUGGGUGCUAUUGAACAACUACUUAUCAUCACUGCAGAAACUUCAGAGAACACAUUUGAGUUAUUUUAUGAUUUGAGAUCACUAUUAGAACAACAUUUACCAAGAUUGGUUCCAAAGAAGAUUCUCGAUGUAAAUGAGGAGGAAACGAAAAGAUUGAGGUCUGUCAAUAUGGAUUCAACAUCAACUGUGUACGUCGUCACAAAGCAAUACAAAGUUUCAGAGAAUUUGAGAACCAUCAUAACACAGGUUUUGCAUGAUUUUGUUCAAAGUUUUAUUUCGGAUGCUGCUUUCUUGCUAAUCAAAAUAAAGGAUGCCGAAGAAGAUUCACUGUUAUCUGGAGAAGAUUCUCUGCUAGAUGAUAUUUCAAAGAAGGCUGAUUUAGAGAGAUUCUACCUUUCAAUCUUUUACUUAUACGCUAAUCGUGAAGAGUUGAUAUCCACAUUUUGGGAAGACCGUGAAUCAAAUGCUUAUGGUUUUAUUGAAUGGGCUUCAAAAGUCGAUGAUUUGUUAAUGAAGUCUACGUUUUCUACGAUGGUUUCUGCUUUAGCUUCCGGUGCCUCAAAUGCAAAUCACGUUUACCAUUUCAUUGCAAGUGCUGAAAAGCUCUCAUGGUCAUCUAUAAUAGAUCUAAUGAAUGCUUAUAUAGAAAAAAUUGCAAAAUUUGAACAAAGUGGUGAUGAUAAUGGUUUAAGUGAAGAAAUUGUCUUAUCCAUCUCCUCAUACUUCACAUUGAUUUACCAAGUUGCUUCAAACAGUGAGUCCGUUAAAGCAUUAUUUGAUGAUACUGUCCUCAAUUGUCUGUUCAACUUCAUAAGGUUGGAUACCCCAUUAGUUGGUGCUGCUUUGGAAGUUAUAUGCUCAUUGGUCUCAGAAGAUAAAGAAAGAAGAAACACAAUCUGGGAGCGUUUAGAUUUAUGGCUUUUCUCGCAACCUUCUGUCACUUUGAAGGACUGUUUUAGAAAUUUGUUGGUUUCCUUCCCUGAUAUCGUGGGUUUCAUCAACUUGAUUGAAGCUUUGCUAAAACCGGUCAAAAGAUUUGGAAAAUUUGAAUUGCCAUUUCCAAGCCAACUUGGUCUAUCUUAUAGAAAAAGGGGAAUUGCUCCAUAUCUUGAAUUUUUGUUGAGUGAUGUUUUCUUUCAUUCCCCAGCCCUGUAUUUUUCAGAGAAAGUGAGUUUACAAAAACCAAUAUUGAAAAUACUUGAUUAUACCCUAUCAUCUUUUGAUCCAAAAUUGAUCCUGAACUCUUUUCCUGCUGCUGCUGACUUGAAUAGCGUGGUAGAAACAGCUGAUUUUGCAACUUAUGUCCAGGCAAAUCCGGCCCCUGCUGCGUUAAACUUUUUAUUCCAGGAGAAGAUCCAUAAAGUGUUAUUUGAGAUUGCUUCUACUGGUAUAGAUAACAUUAGUGAUAAAUCAUUUGACGAAGAGCAGGUUCAAGUGGUUGAUUUGGCUUUAACCAUUAUAGGGAAAGUUUUGGAUCUAGAAGUGACAUACAUUGAUGAACUAUUGCCAUUAAUCAAAAAGGAAAAUAAUUAUUAUGUUCCUAACAACAUUGGCACACAUGGUAUUCGCUCAUUUUAUGAUGCCAUUUUAUUCAACCUACCAUUAAUUGCUCACAUUUCAUUAUAUGUUGGCUCAACACAUCUACCAAUUGCUGAAAAGUCUAUCAAACUACUAUCAAGAUUUUCAAAAUCAUCCCAAUUUGGAUCAUCACAUACAAGUGGCUCGCUGAUCGGUAAGAACAGACUUUUGACUGUUCUUGAUAGUAUUGAUGAAUCACUCAGAAUUAAAUUUGCCUUUAUCAACCAAUUAGAGUCAGAAAUUUAUACUCAAAAAGACUUAGAGGUUAAGAUUCAAACACUCAACUUCAUCAACGAAAACCUUUCAGUUUCUUCUAAAGGUUAUACCAUUUCACAUUUCAUUUUAGGGUUUGAUUUGAAAAAUGGCAUUACCCUGGGGGAUUCAGAUUCAGAAACUUUCAUUGCGUCAGGCACUUCAGUUUUCAAGUCAUUACUUUACACCCUUGAAUCAAGUUUAUUGGCAAUUUCAAACACUAAUAUUGAUUAUGAACCAAUUAGACUCGCUGCUGUUGUUCUUGAAAUAAUCUUGAAGCUAUGCCGUAACUCCACAACAUCCACAUUAAUGCUUGUUCACAUCAGUAAUUAUGAUCUUUUAACUAAGCUGUUGAAUACCCCACGCAUUGAUUUACACACCCUGUGGUCAGGUGCAAAGUUUGAUGGAAAUUUGAAAAACAAGACAGAGUUCAACUCAGGACCGGCUAUUGGCGCUUUAUUAUCAUUCUUGAGCCAAAGAAGCUUUAUUUUACAAUACUUGAGUCUUGAACUACAUAGAACUUCAGCUCAAGGUUCAAUAUCAAAAACUUCAAGCUAUAUCAACAAACUUAUCAAUGGUGAAGAAGCUUUUAUUGGUCCUCCAAAAAUAUUAUCAUUCUUGGAUAUUUUAGAGUUCAACCUUUCCGAAAUUUCUUCUGUUCCAGAUGAACUAAAAUUCUUCAGUGAAGUUGACUUGAAUCUAAAUUUGAACAGAAUUUCAACUGCAAUUAGUUCAGAUGGCUCAAUAUUUGAUUUGAGUGACUUGGAUUCCAUAUUAGACUUACGUUUGGUCCAAUCUUGGGUUCAGGGCCAAUAUCACACAAACUCUGAUGAAGAGAAACAAACUAAUGAUAUCAAUGAUGACGAAUCAGAAGCUUUAGCAGAAAGAGAUCUUAUCAAAAGCAGAUUUAUCAAUUAUCUUGCCCACUUGAAAUUCAAAUCAUAUCAACUAUCUACGCUACAUUCAUGGGUCCAGCUUAUCCAGGUUACUGUUACUGAUGGGAAGUUAGAUCCAGUUCAAAGAUCUAACUUUAUCCUUGAAGUUUUCCAUGCUAUUGUACCAAGAAUCAAUGAUUAUGUUGAAUAUGACGUGCUUUACGCUGAAGAGUUGGUCUCACUUUGUGUUUCGCUAUAUGACAUUUAUCAUAAGGAUAGAAUCACUCUAGAGAAAGAUGAUCCAAGCGUCUUUGAUGGUUAUGAAAGAUUGUAUUCAUUAUUCAGAUCAUGUAUCAAUGGUAUAUUAAGUCCAUUAUCUACUUUGGCUUUACGCUCUGAUUUAUAUGUCUUGAGUAACAAAUAUUUGUCAUGGGUGCUAGAUCAUCCAGAAGUUGCUAAAGAUAUCUUGAAAUCAAUCAAAUUAUCUAGUGAAAGACUGAUUACAGUCAUUUGCAAUGAUGCUAUUGGUGGUGAAGGUGCCACAAGAAUCACUGGGUUAUUGUUAUUAGAAUCAUUAUUUCAAUUGUCAAGUAUUAAUCAAUUAAAUUUUGUUCUGAACUCCUUGGUCAAAAACAACUUGCUCUUGUUGUUGGUUAAAUCAAUCAAAAGAACUGAUGAAACCUUGUCGUUAUCUCAUGAAAACAAGAUCACAUUAGACUCUCUACUUUAUGAGUUGACUGCAUUCAAAGCCACAUUGAGUUUCUUGAUCAGGGUUGCAGAAACUAGACAUGGUGCACAACAGUUACUACAAAGUGAGAUCUUCCAAACAAUCAAGGCAUGCUCAUUUUUGUUAAUUGAUCCUGACCUUGGUCUUGAGUUGGUAUUUGAUGAAACCACAAUACAGACCUCAACAUUUGUUAGAGUUAAUUUGAACUUAGAUACACCAUUAGCAUUUGAUGAUUCCAGUAAAGGUGUUUCCUUAUUUGAGCUAUUGGUUCCAACAUUCCAGUUAGUUGCUGCAAUCUUAUUGAGUACCAGCUCUGAGAAUAAACCUGUCAUUGAGCAAGUUCAUAAGCUACUUUUACACUUUAGAAGAUUAAUUGUUGGAGUUUUGAAAAGAGAUGUUUUGAUAGAGUCAAAGAAUGACCAUGAGGUUUACAAAGCCAAUGGGGUUGAUUCAUCGGGGUUGAAAGAUCUAGUAAACUUAUUUGUGUUAUUGAGUACCUUAACAGGGUUCAAUGGUGAACACGCUGCAUUUUAA